UGAGAAAUUGCAUGUGUUGGGCAAGAUGAACUUUUCUGUAAUCACCUGCCCCAACGGUGGUACCAACCAAGGGCUUCUGCCUUACCUGAUGGCCCUGGAUCAGUAUCAGCUGGAGGAAUUCAAGCUUUGCUUGGAACCCCAGCAGCUGAUGGACUUCUGGUCGGCCCCCCAGGGGCACUUCCCGCGUAUCCCCUGGGCAAACUUGAGAGCUGCCGACCCUUUGAAUCUGUCCUUUCUUUUGGAUGAACACUUCCCAAAAGGUCAGGCAUGGAAAGUGGUCCUCGGCAUCUUCCAGACAAUGAAUCUGACCUCACUGUGUGAGAAAGUUAGAGCCGAGAUGAAAGAGAAUGUGCAGACCCAAGAGCUGCAAGAUCCAACCCAAGAAGAUCUAGAGAUGCUAGAAGCAGCAGCAGGGAAUAUGCAGACCCAGGGAUGUGAAGAUCCAAACCAAGAAGAACUAGAGGAGCUAGAAGAAGAAACAGGGAAUGUACAGGCCCAGGGAUGCCAAGAUCCAAACCAAGAAGAACCAGAGAUGCUAGAGGAAGCAGACCACAGAAGAAAAUACAGAGAGAACAUGAAGGCUGAACUACUGGAGACAUGGGACAACAUCAGUUGGCCUAAAGACCACGUAUAUAUCCGUAAUACAUCAAAGGACGAACAUGAGGAACUGCAGCGCCUACUGGAUCCUAAUAGGACUAGAGCCCAGGCCCAGACGAUAGUCCUGGUGGGGAGGGCAGGGGUUGGGAAGACCACCUUGGCAAUGCAGGCUAUGCUGCACUGGGCAAAUGGAGUUCUCUUUCAGCAAAGGUUCUCCUAUGUUUUCUAUCUCAGCUGCCAUAAAAUAAGGUACAUGAAGGAAACUACCUUUGCUGAAUUGAUUUCUUUGGAUUGGCCCGAUUUUGAUGCCCCCAUUGAAGAGUUCAUGUCUCAACCAGAGAAGCUCCUGUUUAUUAUUGAUGGCUUUGAGGAAAUAAUCAUAUCUGAGUCACGCUCUGAGAGCUUGGAUGAUGGCUCGCCAUGUACAGACUGGUACCAGGAGCUCCCAGUGACCAAAAUCCUAUACAGCUUGUUGAAGAAAGAAUUGGUUCCCCUGGCUACCUUACUGAUCACGAUCAAGACUUGGUUUGUGAGAGAUCUUAAGGCCUCAUUAGUGAAUCCAUGCUUUGUACAAAUUACAGGGUUCACAGGGGACGACCUACGGGUAUAUUUCAUGAGACACUUUGAUGACUCAAGUGAAGUUGAGAAAAUCCUGCAGCAGCUAAGAAAAAACGAAACUCUCUUUCAUUCCUGCAGUGCCCCCAUGGUGUGUUGGACCGUAUGUUCCUGUCUGAAGCAGCCGAAGGUGAGGUAUUACGAUCUCCAGUCAAUCACUCAGACCACCACCAGUCUGUAUGCCUGUUUUUUCUCCAAUUUGUUCUCCACAGCAGAGGUAGAUUUGGCAGAUGACAGCUGGCCAGGACAAUGGAGGGCCCUCUGCAGUCUGGCCAUAGAAGGGCUGUGGUCUAUGAACUUCACGUUUAACAAAGAAGACACUGAGAUCGAGGGCCUGGAAGUGCCUUUCAUUGAUUGUCUCUACGAGUUCAAUAUUCUUCAAAAGAUCAAUGACUGUGGGGGUUGCACUACUUUCACCCACCUAAGUUUCCAGGAGUUUUUUGCAGCCAUGUCCUUUGUGCUAGAGGAACCUAGAGAAUUCCCUCCCCAUUCCACAAAGCCACAAGAGAUGAAGAUGUUACUGCAACACGUCUUGCUUGACAAAGAAGCCUACUGGACUCCAGUGGUUCUGUUCUUCUUUGGUCUUUUAAAUAAAAACAUAGCAAGAGAACUGGAAGAUACUUUGCAUUGUAAAAUAUCUCCCAGGGUAAUGGAGGAAUUAUUAAAGUGGGGAGAAGAGUUAGGUAAGGCUGAAAGUGCCUCUCUCCAAUUUCACGUUCUACGACUUUUUCACUGCCUACAUGAGUCCCAGGAGGAAGACUUCACAAAGAAGAUGUUGGGUCGUAUCUUUGAAGUUGACCUUAAUAUUUUGGAGGACGAAGAACUCCAAGCUUCUUCAUUUUGCCUAAAGCACUGUAAAAGGUUAAAUAAGCUAAGGCUUUCUGUUAGCAGUCACAUCCUUGAAAGGGACUUGGAAAUUCUGGAGACAAGCAAGUUUGAUUCCAGGAUGCACGCAUGGAACAGCAUUUGCUCUACGUUGGUCACAAAUGAGAAUCUGCACGAGCUAGAUCUGAGUAACAGCAAACUUCAUGCUUCCUCUGUGAAGGGUCUCUGUCUUGCACUGAAAAAUCCAAGAUGCAAAGUCCAGAAACUGACGUGCAAAUCGGUAACUCCUGAGUGGGUUCUGCAGGACCUCAUUAUUGCCCUUCAGGGUAACAGCAAGCUGACCCAUCUGAACUUCAGCUCUAACAAGCUGGGAAUGACUGUCCCCCUGAUUCUUAAAGCUUUGAGACACUCAGCUUGCAACCUCAAGUAUCUGUGCCUGGAGAAAUGCAACCUGUCGGCAGCCAGCUGUCAGGACCUGGCCUUGUUUCUCACCAGCAUCCAACACGUAACUCGAUUGUGCCUGGGAUUUAAUCGGCUCCAAGAUGAUGGCAUAAAGCUAUUGUGUGCGGCCCUGAGUCAUCCCAAGUGUGCCUUAGAGAGACUGGAGCUCUGGUUUUGCCAGCUGGCAGCACCCGCUUGCAAGCACUUGUCAGAUGCUCUCCUGCAGAACAGGAGCCUGACGCACCUGAAUCUGAGCAAGAACAGCCUGAGAGACGAGGGAGUCAAGUUCCUGUCUGAGGCCUUGGGUCGCCCAGAUGGUAACCUGCAGAGCCUGAAUUUGUCAGGUUGUUCUUUCACAAGAGAGGGCUGUCGAGAGCUGGCUAAUGCCCUCAGCCAUAAUCAUAAUGUGAAAAUCUUGGAUUUGGGAGAAAAUGAUCUUCAGGAUGAUGGAGUGAAGCUACUGUGUGAGGCUCUGAAAGCACAUCGUGCAUUGCACACACUUGCGUUGGCGAAAUGCAAUCUGACAACUGCUUGCUGCCAGCAUCUCUUCUCUGUUCUCAGCAGCAGUAAGAGCCUGGUCAAUCUGAACCUUCUAGGCAAUGAAUUGGAUCCUGAUGGUGUCAAGAUGCUAUGCUUCAAAAAGACUUGCACGAUGUAGUGAGAGAGGAGAUACAGACCUCACAGAAGGAGCUCUGUCUGACACUCAAGUGUGCAUGGGAUUUUAAUGACCCUGAAGACAAGUGGUGGUGGUGAUCCCACAGAUUAGAUGCCACGUGGCUUGACCAUGGAUCUUGGGGGAAAGCCACCAGGACAUCCUGGCCUGUGUGUCACUCCAGUGUCACCAUUUGUGGGGACAAAUGAGCUGUUCCCUGCAGGAGGCUUUGUCACGGUUGUUGGAGGCCGCCCAUUGCAUGCCCAGGUCUGGAAUCCUAGUGUAAUACUGUGUCUGGUACCAAGAUCAUAAGUUGGCUGUGCCUUCAGUCUUGUCUAUGUCCUCCUUGGUGUAAUGUUUUUAAUUCUUGGAGGUGUUGAGAGAAUUCAAUAAAGCAAAGCAUAUAAAAA